AUGCGACUCACUCCCUCCCUCUCUGUGCCUCCAUCAUGUGUUCCUCUUGAGAGAACGGGAUCUGGGGUUCUUCCCUUCCCGCCCAAACCCAGACCCUGUGCCUUCCCCUGUCUGUGCCUGUCCAGCCUUGCCGUGCCAAAAAAGCUUUUCCCCAUUCGCGGCGUCUUUUUCUGGGGGUGGAUCCGCCAACUGGUAAAAUCGUUGUGUCAACGCCUCCCCAUUCGCCAAACGAGAUUGGAACUCCAGGACGCCUCAACCGAGUCGUUCAACAUUCCACAAGUGUUGUACUUCAUCUCACUCACCACCACCAUCGUUUACUCUGUAUAA